AUGGUCGUAGAAGUUUCUGGCCGAGAUAACGAGUCACAGACCAUCACUUUGGAGAGUGAGGAUGGUAGACUAUUCCAAAUCUCGGUGGAGGCGGCAAAGGGAAGCCAGCAUCUGAAGCAUUUCAUGGAAG